GGGCCCUGAGGCCGAGGUGGUGGGCUGGGUUGCCGGAGUUCUGGUCGCGAGCACGGGCGGUGCGGGCCGCUGCAGGUGAAUGAGGCACAGCAAGGGCCGCAGCGGCCCAGUGGAGAUGAAGAAACUGAAAUACAUAUUAUUGGAACCAGAUAAUACUGUGAAUGUUGAAACCAGGAUACAAAGUUGGACUGUCUGACUUCAGAAUCUAUAAUCGCUAUACUAGCCCUUCAGUGAGGUACAUCACUGAUUGAUAAGAAGUUCCUAAGAUGAGUCGUGGAUAUUCAGAAAACAACAACUUCCUGAACAAUAAUAAUCAAAUGGUCUUGGACAUGAUCCUCUAUCCAUUAAUUGGAAUCCCUCAGACCAUCAACUGGGAAACUGUGGCAAGGCUUGUGCCUGGAUUAACACCUAAAGAGUGUGCAAAAAGGUUUGAUGAACUGAAGAGCAGUGGCAAUUCACCUGUUGACAACCAGUAUAAUCCCCUAAUGGCUACUGGAGAGAGUCCUGUUGAAACUUUAGCAACAUAUAUCAAAUCCUCACUUCUUGACAUUCAAGAUUUUCAGGAGACUGCUGAUGGUCAGGAUGCUGUUUCCAAAGCAGGAAGACAUAGUAUAGCUUCCACAAGGAAUUGUUCUUCAGAAAGUGAAAAUUGUACUACUCGUAAUGGUGGAGAAAAGACUGAAGAAUCUGAAGGGCCAAACAUGGUGAUCCAUGUAUGUGAUGAAGCAAAAGACUUGAAAGAAGAUUUUAUUUGCCCACGAGAUCUUUUGAUAUCAGAAAUGAAGUACUUUGCUGAAUAUUUGUCUAUGGAUGCCCAGCGCUGGGAAGAGGUGGACAUUUCAGUUCAUUGUGACGUGCACAUUUUCAACUGGUUGAUAAAAUAUGUUAAAAGGAACACUAAGGAGAAUAAAGAUUGUGAAAUACCCAAUUUAGAGCCAGGAAAUGUCAUUUCAAUUCUUAUUUCUUCAGAGUUUUUGAAAAUGGAUUCAUUAGUUGAGCAGUGUAUUCAGUAUUGCCACAAAAAUAUGAAUGCCAUAGUAGCUACCCCAUGCAACAUGAACUGUAUUAAUGCAAAUCUUCUCACACGUAUAGCUGAUCUGUUUACACACAGUGAAAUUGAUGAGUUAAAAGACAAAAAAGAUAAGUUUAGGAGUAAACUUUUUUGUAAGAAGAUUGAGAGAUUGUUUGAUCCUGAAUACUUCAACUCAGACUCUCGGGGUAAUGCGGCAACAUUAUAUAGAUGCUGUUUGUGUAAGAAACUUUUAACAAAAGAAACAGAAAGAAGAAUUUCUUGUGUUCCUGGAAAAAUCAAUGUGGAUCGACAUGGAAAUAUUGUCUAUAUUCACAUAAGAGAUAAAACUUGGGAUGUUCACGAGUAUUUGAAUAGUCUUUUUGAAGAAUUAAAGUCUUGGAGAGAUGUCUAUUGGCGCUUAUGGGGAACGAUAAACUGGCUAACCUGCUCGAGAUGUUGUCAGGCUUUCCUCUGUAUUGAAUAUUCACAUUGUCAAUAUCACUCUGAAAUGGUGAUUUAUCCUCCCACAGCAAGUUCACCAAGCACCGUUGGUACUGGACUUUAUCCCUGUUGUAACCAAAAGGUUCUUAGGUUUGAUCCCACUCAGCUCACAAAGGGAUGUAAAGUAAGGGACCACAUGAUUGCUCUUCGUGAUCAAGCUGAAGGUGGAGAUUUGAUGUCUUGUCCAACUAGUAAAAUAUUGGAUGAUCUAUACGGACACAAAGAUGUCAUUGUUGUGCCCUUUUUUAAAGAUGCUGAUAGUGAUCCUGCAAUUGGCAUCUGUGAUGAAAAAGGUCUAGAAUGUGAUGUUUUAUUGGAGCCAAAUACACCAUGGGGCCCCAAGACUGGGGAACUCAAUGUUUUCUUGUCACUGAAGAACUGGACUCUUCAACUGAAGCAACAGUCAUUAUUUUCAGAAGAAGAAGAAUAUACUACUGGAUCGGAGGUCACUGAAGAUGAAGUUGGUGAUGAAGAAGAAGUAUCCAAGAAACAAAGGAAAAAGGAGAAGCCAAAGAAGUUCACUAAGCAACCAAAAAAACAGAUGUCUUCACCUUGUGCUCAAAAGAAAGAAAAGGCUUUGGAAAAGUCAGCUGCUAGAGAUGUGUCUCCUUUUGUUGUGAGUAUUCAGAAGAAUAAAUGGGAUGCCACAAGAUCCUUGAGAUUCAACCAGGAUGCACAAAGAGAAGAUGAUCAGCGGCGGAUGUCUGAAAUUACAGGGCACCUAAUAAAAAUGAGAUUGGGUGAUCUGGACCGAGUCAAGUCAAAGGAAGCAAAAGAAUUUGCAGGAGGUAUUUAUUCCAGGCUCGAAGCACAAAUCAAAGCCUCAGUGCCUGUCAGUGCACGGCAGAGCAGUUCUGAGAAAAACACAAGAUCUAAAAGUCGUUUUUGUCAAGGGCGUCCUGCAUAAAGCUCCUUAAAGUAUAGAAAGACCGACUCACGUUCCUGGACAUCUGAAAUUGAUCACUCUUGAAGAUCUUCAGAACAAUGGCUUCUAGAUAUCUGAUUUAUUAGUUGUCCUUGCAAGGCACAUAAAUUUAAUUUUAAAAGAAACAUAUAUUAGGUUUUAUGAAAAUCUCAUUGUAAAUGUGAAACUUCUUAAAUCUAAUUUUCUUUAAGAAUGAUUCUCAGCUAUGUAGUAUACAAUUGUUUAUAGAUUUUCCAUAGUUAAUAUCCCUAAUACUUGUUAGCCUUUAUUUAUUUGAAAGAAAGGAAAACUACAUUGUCAAGUUAUCAAUUUUUUUAAGACCUUAAAAAAGUAGAGGAAUACAACUGGUAGUGUUUCUGUGCAUGUGCACUGAUAGUGUGUAUUUGGUGCUGUAUCUUAGGUAUAAUGUCAAGGAUUGCAAUUUGUGAUGAAAUCUCCAGUGAUGCUCUGUUAAGUCCACAUGUGUAUUAAGGAGUGACAGAUCUCAAGACUGCAUUAAAUAAAUAAAGUUCCAGGAUGAGGUAUUUCAGUGCUGUGUUGUGCAGAGGGUUGUGUUCAGCAUUAUUCCAUGGAAAAUAUAAUGUUAAUCCAACCUUUAUUUCAUUCAAUUUUUUUAUGCUUACCUAUUGGGCAUCUGAGCUGGAAUUACUGGUGAUUACCUCAUUUUUCUGUGAAGCUAGUGCCAUUAUGAAUUUGCUGAAUAAUGAUUGAUAGUUUGAAGAGAGUAAAAUUUUUCACUGUAUAGUUCUCAGGGUUCCAAGACCUAUCCACACAUCUGUAACUAUUCAAAUAGCCCCUUAAAGCAGUUGUUUGCUAAUUACUUUAAAAUAGCCCCUAAAAUAUCCCAAAUACAUUUGGUGAAUAACAACUUGCACAUAUUCAAGAAAAAUGAAAAUAAAGUUCUAUUAUCUAGAUCAUGUUUUAAGUUAUCUAACCAAGCAGGAAGAGUAUAGACUGAAAAUUUGUUCAAAUCCAUAAGCAAAUAAUAAAUUAUGUCCUUGGAAAUUA